UGAUGAGGAGCAACUAACGCAGACCUCCCGCCCGAAGAUGAGUCAGGGGCCGAACCUCGUCCUCCAGUGGCUGUCCAAGCUCCAUCUCUCCCAGUACGUGGAGUCCUUCCUGGACAACGGCUACGACGACCUGGAGGUGUGCAAGCAGAUCGGGGAGCCGGACCUGGACGCCAUCGGGGUCCACAUCCGGUACCACCGACACCGGCUGCUCACGGCGGUGGCGGCGCUGAGGGAGGACGACGACAGGAAGGCUCCGGGCUUUUACUUCACCCUAGAGCCGCUGGACGCCUCUGCUGGAGAGUUGGGGCCAUUGAGGUCGCGCUCCGUGACCCCGGGGGUGCACCAGGCCUCGUGUCCCGGGAACCACAACCUGAGAUUCACAGAUUGCAUCGACUUUGUGACUUACCCUAAACUGAAGCUCAAGGUUCUGAUCAGGGACAAACUGGCCAAGGACGGGAUCAACCUGGGACGAGCGCCGUACACCAGCAAGGAUGGCUCCGUGGGGAACCUGGACCAGCUGGCGCAGGAAUACUCGGAGUACUACGGCACGUCGCUGAGCGACGUCUGCGAGAGGAUGGAGGAGCUGCGUAAGCGGCGCCUGUUGCAGGACGCCGAGAUGGGAAGAGAGGACCCGUCGGCCGCGUCGCUGCACCUCCGCUCUCAGAUCCAGGAAUCUCUGGGACUCAGCAGCUGCACGUCGACCCCAGAGACCGAAAGAAGGUUUCCUGUUCACAAAUCCAGCUCCGACGAUGGAUCAGGAGGAAAAUGGGACGCGAAGAGGAAGAGCAAAUCUUUCUGGCAGAGUUUCCGUAAGUCUCAGAAAGGAGCGGUGCGUCAGAUUUCCAAAGGGGACGACGUGGGUUUCGUGGCCAGUGAAAUCACCAUGAGUGACGAAGAGCGGAUCCAGCUGAUGAUGAUGGUGAAGGAGAACAUGAUCUCCAUCGAGGAAGCUCUCGCCCGGCUGAAGGAGUUUGAGAGCCAGAACCGGCAGACGUUCAGGUCCGACGCCCCGGACUCGCCCGACCCCUCCAGCCCCGGAGCCAACGAGUCCUUCGGCUGCAACCCCGGUGACCUGUCUGACAACGAGGAGGAGCUGCUGACCUUCAGGAGGCUCCACAAACUGGUCAACUCCACCCGGAAGGUCAAGAAGAAGCUGAUCAGAGUGGACGAGCCCAAACGACCGGGAGCAGAAGAGAUGCUGCCUGUGGACGGUCUGCCCUGCGGAGACGCCUGCGUGUCCCUGUCCUCCGGCGUGUCCCUGUACUCCGGCGUGAAGAAGCCGGCGGUUUUCCCCGUGGACUCGCUGGCGUCGGCUCUGCAGGAGCAGCUGGCCGACGAGCCGGACUCCGACAGCCUGACCACCUCGCCCUCCUCCAGCAGCCUGGACACCUGCAGCGGACACAAGUUCUUCCGGGCCUUCGGCAGACCCGGCGGGAGCCCCGUCCUCCCGAAGGUUCCCGGGGAGGCGAGGGAGGCCGGCGAGGGAUCCUCCGAAACCGACGGCUGCAACGACGACGAGCCCAAGCUCGCCCGCUCGGCCACGGACGGAGAGCUGCGGCACCGCAUGCUGGGCUCGCUGAGUCUGCACGGGAGAGCAUGCAGCUUUGGAGGAUUCGACCUGUCCAGCCGCUCGGCGGACGCCGUCUCUCCCGGCGGUGAAAGCAUGACGCAAGACGGAGACGCCGCCGCGAGAGAAGGGGUGAAGUCUCCGCCGAUGUCGCGCAUCUCCCUCGGCAAAAAGGUCAAAUCCGUGCGUGAUACGAUGAGGAAGCACAUCUCCAAGAAGUACCACUGCUCCCUCUCCGAGCAGUCGAGCCCGGACCGCAUGUCCAGCUGCCCCCACUCGCCCCCGACGGACUCGGACUCGCUGGAGAAACCCAAGCUGAAGCUGGGCGGUUCCGUGGAGAGUCUGCGCAGCUCGCUGAGCGGCCAGAGCUCCAUGAGCGGCCAGACGGUCGGCACCACCGACUCGUCCAACAGCAACAGGGAGAGCGUGAAGUCCGAGGACGGAGAGGAGGACGAGCUGCCGUACCGCGGGCCGUUCUGCGGACGCGCGCUGGUCCACACCGACUUCACGCCCAGUCCCUACGACAGCGACUCCCUCAAGCUGAAGAGCGGAGAUGUCAUCGACGUCAUCAGCAAGCCCCCGAUGGGCACGUGGAUGGGCUUGCUCAACGGCAAAGUCGGCACCUUCAAGUUCAUCUACGUGGACGUUCUGAACGAGGAGGUGAAGCCCAAGAAGACGCGCAGGAGGAGGAAGGCCCGGCAGCCCAAACCCACAUCGGUGCAGGAGCUGCUGGAUCGCAUCAACCUCAAGGAGCAUCUCCCCACCUUCCUUUUCAACGGCUACGAGGAUCUGGACACGUUCAAGCUCCUGGAGGAGGAGGACCUGGACGAGCUGAACAUCCGGGACCCGCAGCACCGAGCCGUGCUGCUGACGGCCGUGGAGCUGCUGCAGGAGUACGACGGGAGCAGCGACCCGGAGCGGGGCGGCAGCCAGUCCGGAGGCUCGCAGGAGAAGCUGCUGCUGGACCGGCGCGGCGUCCUGGGGGACUCCCCGCGGGACUCGGGCUGCUACGAGAGCAGUGAGAACCUGGAGAACGGAAGGGACAAACAGACGGCGUCGGCCGUGAGCAGGUCUUCGUCUGGAUUUGAGUCCAGCCACCUCCCGUCCCCCGAGCUCCCGGCCUCCCCCCGGCUCCUCGACCCCCGACUCCUCGCCGCCACUCCGUCGCUCCAGGGUGAAGCUGAGCGUCUCCUCCUCCGGAGUCGGAGCUGCGAGGAGUUGAGAGGAACCUCAGCGCCGAGUCCUCUACCACGGCCACGGCGGCGCUGCUCCUCCCUGGAGACGGAGAGGAAACGCCGCGGCGCUGAAGACUGGAACCUGCCGGCCGGCGACGAGGCCGAGGUUGACCUGAGGUUGACCUGAGGUUGACCUGAGGUUGAACCUGAGGUUGACCUGAAGCCGGAGUCAGACUUCACCUGAGCAGCGAAGGUCGAGCACGCCCGCCGCCGCUGUCGGACGCCGGCGGCGUGAUGCCCCGAGGCUUUUCUGAGAGAGUUCUCAAAGACUUACAUGAGAGUUAAACCAGAGACGUUCAAUAAACUCUACAGCCCACUCCGGUUGUGUUUCCUGUAUCUGUGUCACGUGGGUUUCCCCACUGCCCCCUUUAGGAGACUAACAGCAGAUCCUGAGUCUAUUGAGUCCUAUGGGAAAAGUGAACGUGAGCACAGAUUAUUACCAAUUCCUUCGCCCCAUAGUAACCUAAGUAAAUAUGGGGCCCAUUUUUCAAAAGCCACAAACCUUCUGAACAUUCUGACACCAACAUGGCAAUUUUUAGACCGACAAAUUAGGAGAAAAUGAACUUUGUUUGAGACCUGUCUCUGUCUGAGCAACACACUCUCGCCAGAUUUGGCUCUCAUUGUUUUCCCAUCGGAUAAAAUGAAGUUUAAAACUAAAAUAAAACUUGCUUCUUUGCUUAAUAAUACAGUUAUUUUUAUUAUUUAAGUCUUUUUGGAAGAAAGUUGUACUGUAUCUAGUGUUGUAUGUUCCAAAACGAUGUGGGGAGAGGGGCGGCCACGCCCACUUAGGAGACAGGAAGUGUAAACCAUUUCAUACCAUUGGCAGAAACGGUAAUGCGCUAUCUUCUGUAUAGAGGAUCUUUGGACGUACAUGAGAGUUAAACCGAAGUGGAAACACGAAACUCCGUGUUUAUGUGCCGAAAUCCACGUUUACGUUCAAAACAUAACGUCUUCAGACUGUGUAAGUACAGGACUUUCUCCGAAAAUUAGAAUAUUGUGAUAAAGUUU